CUCUCUCCUCUCUCUCUCUCUCAACUGUGUAUUUUUGAACAGGGAGAGUGUAGAGAGAGAAAGCAAACACAGAGCAAAGCACUUGGAGAAAAAAGGGAAAGGGGGGCAAAGAAAGAGUAAAAGCAAAAACCAUAUUGUCAUUGCUGCUGAUUAGGGUUUUCUCAAAAGCCCAAAUAUUAAUUUGAAAUAAGAACCCAAUUGGAAAAUUUGAAAAACGAAAAGCUAAUCCCAGAGACCCAGAAGGAGGAGGACGCGUUUAAAAUUGGAGAGAGAAAGGGGCAGUGAAAUGCCGGCACCGGAGUGAGCGACUGAGAGGAUCCGGUUACGGCAAUCGGAGAUCUCCCGGGAGAUUGAGCUAGCUCAAAUUAUGCAUUGUGAAUUAAUUAAUCAGAACUGUGAGGAUCUCAGGCAUUUGGGGGCUUGAAAACUACAUCUGUUAUAUGAAGGGUCAUUUGAGAUAAAGGAACUAGUGUGAAGGGGAAAAUGAAAUCUGAUACUCAUAUUGAUUAUGCAGUAUUCCAAUUGUCACCAAAGCACUCACGAUGUGAAUUGUUUGUUUAUAGUGAUGGGAACACUGAGAAACUUGCUUCUGGUUCAGUUAAGCCAUUUGUUACUCAUUUAAAAGUUGUAGAAGAGCAGGUUGCACUUGCAAUUCAGUCGAUCAAACUUGAGGUUGACAAACGUAAAUAUACUGAGACAUGGUUCACAAAAGGAACGCUUGAAAGGUUUGUGCGGUUUGUUAGCACACCUGAGGUGCUGGAACUGGUCAAUAUAUUUGAUGCUGAGAUGUCCCAGUUGGAGGCGGCAUGGAGAAUAUAUUCUCAGGGGAUGGGAGGUCAUCAUGCUGGCGCAUUAGGUGGGGAUGGAACAGGUACCACAGCAGCAGCAGAUGCAACAAAGAAGGAGCUUUUGAGGGCUAUUGAUGUACGACUUGUUGCAGUUAGGCAGGAUUUAACCACAGCUUGUGCUCGUGCAUCUGCGGCUGGUUUCAACCCUGAUACAGUCUCUGAACUACAACACUUUGCCGAUCAGUUUGGUGCCCAUCGCUUAAACGAAGCUUGCAGCAAAUUCAUCUCGCUAUGCCAAAGAAGAUCCGACGUGAUCUCCCAAUGGAAGCCAAGUGCGGACGACAGAGCUGUUAGAUCCUCAUGUGAGUCUGACAUGUCCAUUGAUGGCCUCACUGAAAACUCGUCUGGGCCCCACAACCAACCCCAAAAUAGGCAGGAGCAACUAGAAGACCCUUUAAAGCCCUCCACGUGUCAACAACCCGAGUUCCUCAACGCCAACUUCCCUACACAACAACGGAACAGCGUAACUGAGAAAGACAAAGAGGAAGGCAAGGCCAAGGUGGAGAAGAAGGUUGAAUCCCAGACCGAGUCGACGACUCCUUUGGGUGUGAGUCAACCCGGGAGGCGGCUCAGCGUCCAGGACCGUAUCAGCCUCUUUGAGAAUAAACAGAAGGAGAGUUCUGGAGGUGGCAGUGGUGGAAAGUCGGUUGUUGCCAAACCUGGGGAGCUCAGAAGGCUCUCCUCUGACGUGUUGUCUGCCAAACCUGGGGAGCUCAAAAGGCUCUCCUCUGAUGUGUCGUCUGCACCUGCUGUUGCAGAGAAGGCCGUGCUACGAAGAUGGAGUGGUGCCAGUGACAUGAGCAUUGAUUUGAGCGGGGAGAAGAAAGAAACGGAGAGCCCCUUGUGCACACCAUCGUCUUCCUCUGCUUCUCAUUUAUUUUCUCAGACAAAGGUGGCGGCGAAUACAAUAUCUGCUGUGACUGUGGAUAAGGACCAGAAGGGGUCAACUGACUCGACAGAUAUUUGUAAGGUUGAGGGAAGGAGUGCUUCUGGUAGAGUUGGUGAUGUUGAGCUGAAAGAUGAAGCUGAGGGGCAGACUCGAGUUGGGGUUUUUGUAGGAAAGGAGGAGGUGGGUUCAAAGGCAAAGAAGGAGCAGGUGGGUUCUCAUACUCAAUCCAGGACUUCUAGUGGAAGAACAGAGCAGGUUGGGUUAAGUGAUCAAGGGAUUUAUUCGGAUAGCGAAGAAAGCAGUGGUUUUAAGGAUCAAUCAGGUUCUGAGACACAGUCCAAGGGUUUUUCAGGUCGGACAGAGGUUGUUGGAGGGAAGAACCUGGUUGGGGGUGCAAUAUCUGGUGGUGGGUUUGGAAGUAGGGUAGAGGAUUCUAGACCGAGAGAUCAGCCAAUGACUCAGUUACUUCCUAGGGGUUACCAGGGUCAUUCCCGAUCUUUCUCAGGGCAGUUUGAGGGUGUUGUUGGACGAAAACUUGAAGAAGCUUCUUCAGCACAGCUCAAAGGGUUUGAGGGUGAUCAACUCCCUCCCCAGCCUCUUUUUAGAUCUUUUUCUGGAGAAAUUGGGGAGGUGGGUAAAGUUGACUGCACAUCAUCUGAUAAGAAACACAUUAGAACGGAAGAUUCUGGAGCUCAGAAAAUGAGAUUCCAGAAACCGGGUUCUGCCAGUCGCGAACAAAUUAAGAAGCCACAGGGAAGGAGAGAUGAAAGCAAUAGUGGUCAAGAAAGCAAGUUGGAUUUUACAGGUGACAAAGUUUUAAGGAAUGAAGAGAGCUUUUCUACAAUACCGACAACACCAGUCGAGCAAGUUCAGAGAGUUAGACAGACCAAGGGAAAUCAAGAGCUCAAUGAUGAGCUCAAAAUGAAGGCGAAUGAGCUUGAAAAGCUUUUUGCAGAGCACAAGCUUCGGAUUCCUGGGGAUCUGUCUAGUUCUGCUCGAAGAAGCAAGCCCGUGGAUGCAAAGAAGAAGGAACAGGCAGUAAGUUCACAAAACAGAAAACCAGCAGCGGAGGAGAUUGCUCCUGCACAAUUUCCUGCGGCUAACACAGUGUUGGAACCAAUGGGUAGCUCUAGUGAGAUGGAAAAUUUCAAUACUACUCCACCAAUGAAGAUAGCCGGUAUCCAAGAUUACGGUGAUAAUCUGAGGCAAAAAUUUUCAGAGCCUGGUUUCUCUCUUGAUUCUAAAGGAAAAUUCUAUGAGAGGUACAUGCAAAAAAGAGAUGCUAAACUGAGAGAAGAAUGGGUUUCUAAAAGAGAAGAGAAGGAAGCCAAGUUGAAGGCCAUGGAAGAUAGCCUUGAGAAAAGUAAGGCAGAAUUAAAAGCCAAGUUUUCAGGGUCAGCAGACAGACAGGAUUCAGCAUCUAGUGCUCGUAGGCGUGCAGACAAGCUGAGAUCAUUCAAUUUUGGAUCUAGUAUGAAGAGGGAGCAGCCAAUAGAUUCCAUUCAUUGGGAGAAGGAUGAGGAUCUCUCUGAAUUUCCAGGCCAAAAAUUGUACGGAGAAGAUAGGUUCUCUAACGAGGCAUCUUUAGGAGACGGUGCUUCUAGAAGCAUUCAAAAUAAAAAGCUUUUUCCCAAUAGAAAUUUGCCUUCGUCCAUCCCCUGGACACCAACUGCACCAGCUCCACGGUCAUCAGGCAAAGUUUCCAACCUUAGUUCAGGUCGGCGAAGACCAGAGUUAGAAAAUCCUCUAGCACAGUCAGUUCCCAACUUUCCUGAUCUCAGGAAAGAAAACACAAAGCCCUCUUCUGGAGUUAGCAAACCAGCUGUUAGCAAAAUACCUGCUCGUUCACAGGUCAAAAGCUUUUCCCGCAGCAAGAGCACGAGUGAAGAGAUAAUGGCCAAGGAAGAGAAGCCACAACGUUCUCAGUCCUUGAGGAAAAGCUCUGCAAAUCCUGUAGAACUGAACAACUUAUCUUCUCUACACUCUGAUGGGGUUGUCUUGGUACCAUUUGAUGAAGAGCAAACCAAGCACGACUCCUAUGAUAAAUUUGCUAAAUAUAUGGAGUCGAAGUCAUUUUUUAGGAAGAGUAAUGGCAUAGGCACUGGUUCUGGAGUUAGUUUUUCCAAGCUGAAAGGAUCCAUUUCUUCUGAUUCUUUAACAAAUGAAGAAGUUGAGGGAGAAGAUUCAAUUGACACAGCCAAGGAAGAAGAAGAAGAGGAAGAGCUUGAAAAUGGUGUUGAUAUGGAUAUGGUAGUUGAAGAUGGUGAUGAUAUGGAUGUGGAUAAUGGGAAACGAAGACCGAGCCAGGAUUCUGAAAGGUCUGAUAACGUCGAUUCCGUAAGAUCUCUUUCUCAAGUGGACCUUGCUUCAAUGGCUGAAUUGCCUGCGGCUGCACCCUCAACAUUUCAUACUUUGGGGUCUCUACCAGACUCACCUGGGGAAAGCCCCAUUUCAUGGAACUUGCACGUGCAUCAUUCCUUUUCCUACCCUCACGAGGCCUCAGAUGUUGAUGCCUCAGUAGACUUCCCAAUUGGGAGCCCUGCUUCUUGGAAUUCUCAUGGUCUUACCCAAAUAGAUGUUGAUGCAGCUCGGAUGAGAAAGAAAUGGGGAAGUGCUCAGAAACCUAUCCUUGCUACCAAUUCAUCUCAAAAUCAGUCACGUAAGGAUGUGACAAAAGGAUUUAAACGGUUAUUAAAGUUUGGAAGAAAAAGCGGGACAGAUAAUAUGAGUGACUGGAUCUCUGCUACGACUUCUGAAGGGGAUGAUGAUACAGAAGAUGGGCGAGAUCCUGCAAACCGAUUAUCAGAAGAUUUUAGGAAGUCAAGAAUGGGAUUCACGCAGGGUCCUGAUGACAGCUUCAAUGAAAGCGAGUUCAAUGAACAGGUACAAGCGUUACGGACCUCUAUCCCGGCACCUCCAGUGAACUUUAAGCUGAGGGACAAUCAUUUAUCGGGAAGCUCGUUGAAAGCUCCGCGGUCAUUCUUCUCACUCUCAUCAUUCCGAAGCAAGGGAAGCGACUCAAAGCUGAGGUAAUUACCACUUAGAGAAAACCACAUAGCAAGUGCUUGGAUCAUUUCAAGGUAGAUUAAAGGGAUGACCGCAUUAUAUGAUACGAACGAUUCGGUAGGUGCGACUGAGUCAUCAAUAAUAUAAACUCUACGGUGGGAUUAUGUAUAUGUUGGAUUCACUUCACGAAGGCGUGGUCAUUUAGUUAGCUAUAUACGUAGUUGUAUUGGAAAUAUAUGGUUGUAUAUUCUAUUGAACGAUGAGUCAAUCGAUGGUUGGCGUAAUGUAAUCGUGUUUUUGGUAGUCGACAGGCGUUCUUUUUUUUGUUCAUGUGGUUAGCCUUUGUGUGAUGAUGUAUAUCUCAACUUUUGUUAGAAUCAACGUUACAUGUUGACAGUUUUAAGAAGAGUGUUGUAAAGACCCACCAUUUUUGUGGUGUUGUCACUUCUCCUGUCAAAUUUUGGCCUAUGUAGGGCCCAUCAUUUA